UGGUGCUCGCACCGGAAGAGAAGGGGCAGCUCUCCCAGCCAUCUUGUGGCAGCAUCCAAGCGAUUUGUUCGCAUCAAGCCUCGUAGAAUCGGAGGUGAAUCCCGCUGAAGGGGCGCCAUCAUGCCCGGACACCUGCAAGAAGGCUUCGGCUGCGUCGUAACCAACCGGUUCGACCAGUUAUUGGACGACGAGUCCGACCCGUUCGAGAUCCUGAAAGCGGCUGAAAACAAGAAGAAGGAGGGGGCCGCCGCUGGCUCCGCCAAGUCCGCGGCUCAAGCCGCCAAGCAGCCGAAGAAGGAGUCACAGAAGGACCGAAAGAACCCGCUGCUGGACAAGAAGGAGGAGUCCCAGGCUCCGGUUCCACUGAAGAAAGAAGGUAUCAGGCGAGUGGGCCGAAGACCAGAUCAGCAGGGCCAGCCUGGUUCCCAGAAUCAGGGUGGGCAGGGUGACGGGCGACCUGGAGACAAGAGGCCAGACCGGAGACCUCCUCGCGAGCGCCGUUUCGAGAAGCCGGCUGAGGACAAGCCUGAGGGAGGUGGAGAGUUCUCUGCAGACAAGCCUUCUGGAGAUCGGCCCCCGAGAGGGCGUGGUGGCGGACGAGGUGGCCGUGGUGGAAGAGGGCGGGGCAUGGGCCGAGGUGAAGGCUUUGACUCCCGUGGGAAACGAGACUUUGACAGACACAACGGCAAUGACAAACCCAGUCAGAAAAGUGAGGAAAAGCGCAGCGGCAGCGGCUCACACAACUGGGGCACCGUGAAGGAGGAAGUGAGUGAGGCUGAACAGACUGCUGCUCCAGAAACGACCCCAGAGGGAGAGGAAAAUGCACCUGCCGGCUCUGAGAACAAGCUUUCCAGGGAGAACGAGGUUGAAGAAGUUAAAAACGAAGGCCCCAAAGAGAUGACCCUGGACGAGUGGAAGGCCAUGCAGGACAAGGAGCGCACCAAGGUGGAGUUCAACAUCCGUAAGCCCAACGAGGGAGCCGACAGCCAGUGGAAGAAAGGAUACGUGCUGCACAAGUCCAAGAGUGAAGAUAGGCCUGUUGGUGCUUUGAUCGACGUCGCAGAGCCGGAAGCAGAGCCGACCCCCGUGUUCAACAAGCAGCUGGGCAGCCCGGAUGAGUCCAUUGACCACCACUUCCGCAAACCAGCCAACGACAUCACAUCUCAGCUGGAGAUCAACUUUGGAGACCUGGGCCGCCCUGGACGUGGGCGCGGGGGAGCUCGCGGUGGCAGGGGAGGCCGCGGCGGCGGAGGCGGUGGUGGUGGUGGUGGUGGUGGCGGCGGUGGUGGUGGUGGUGGUAGUGGAGGCGGCGGGGGAGGCAGCAGGCCAGCACGCGGCGGAGGACGGCCCGAAAAGGCUAGUGGAGUGUCAGUCCCCAAUGUGGAUGAUCCUGAGGCCUUUCCAGCCCUGGCCUAAAGGCCCCUUUUCCACCACCAGCCCACCGAUCAGCCCUUCCGGGCCCCUCCUCUACGAGGCUUGCAUGCUUACAUCUUUAAGUAUAUAAGAAAACAGAGAAAAAAAAAGAUUUUAAAUGACAAAAAAGACUCAUUCCAUACCACUCACACCACCAGAGGACUAAAAUUUUACCUGUUUUAAAGGAGAACAAAAGACAAAAAAAAAGGCGAGAAAAGGACCUCUUGUUACACUGAAGUUUUGUAUUUAGGAACAUGAAAGCAGGGAUGUUUUCAUACUUCUUUUUUUUUUUCAGAGAUUAUGCAUAUGUCAUUGAUAUUAUUUUUUUUGUGCUGCUUGAAUUACUGCAUUUCUGCGAUUAGGUUGAAGUGUGUGUCUCUCUUCCCCUGAAGCGUUUGUGCUUGUUUCCUCAUGCGUUCGCUCAGUAUUAUGCGGUCAUCUUAGAAAAUACUUUUUACUGGAGUUUUCCCUCCCAGUAAUACACACUAAUGUGGUAGCACUACACUACAUAUGACUAGAUAUCUGAAGUAUGGCUAAAAUGUAAUUACUCUGAUCCUGACUACCCAUCCCUUUUGCGAGGCACAAAUUCAGGAUGGGUAACCAGGCAAAGUGACUUCCUACUAAAGCUUGGUAUUUUUCUGCUCGUUGUGCAGUGAAAGUAACUGCCUCUUUUCCAUUAUUUUUUUUGAUAGCUUGCCUUUUUAUUUGGUGGACCAGUGGUUAGUGAUGCUUUGUAUCCCCUGAUCCAGAUGUGCUACCUGUGUUUUCAGGGUUUCCCAAGGCCCAAUGUGUAUAUCUUUAGGCUGGUCCUCGUAGGGCGUACAGACUAUGCUACUUUUACUCCAGGACCACUAAGCAAAUAUUGUAUUUUUUGGUUAAGGAAGUGCGUGGGUGUAUAUGUAUAUGUAUAUGUAUAUGUGUGUGUGUGUGUGCAAAUGUGUGUGUGUGUGUGUGUGUGUGAGAAACAGAUUGUGUGAAUUUGACAGCUAGUUACUUAGAAUGUAAGUAUUCUUCUGCUCUGAACUUGCCACUGAAAAUAGAAGACAAGUUCUCAGCUGAAGUACUUCAUACUGUCCAUUGAGAAGUGAUUGUUGAAAUCUAAGUGAGAAUGAUACACAAGACUGAGGACAUAUCUUGCUUUUAAAGUAUCUCUAAUGUCUUUCUCUGAGCACUUUUGUUUUAUCGGCACCAGUCUUCUAAAGAUUGUUUCCUCUUCGUGUAAACCAUAUUUGCUGUUUUUAAUUUGUAUUUCAUCCGUGCAGCAGCACCAGUGCAUAAUUUGUCUGAAAGAAAUGUUGACUGUCAUUGUUAACAAUCACGAGCUCCAGAAUGUAACGUAAGCUUACGGUGCUUUUAGCCACCUGUGUCAGCAUUUCCAGUGAGCAUUUUCUUUUAAUGAAGCGGGAAUGUUUUACAUUGGGUGGAGAUGGGGUUUAGGGUUUAGGAACAAGACGGGGUACAUUUAAAGCUUCACAUGCUGUUCUGCAAAUACUUGCUGGUGAUGCACUGAUACAGACGGCUGGAGCAGUUUUCUUGUUGGACAGUUUGAGCCACAUGACGGUUAAACGUUCUCUGCAAACAUCCCUGUUCGAAUAAAUUGCUUUAGAGGUGUUACAUGUAUUCUGCCAAUUGCUGUUGGGUUGUUUAAAAUCAAUACUGUGAUUUUAAAGGUGUAAACAAAUGUGCCGUUUAUUCUUCAUUGCUUAAAGCAUUAGGAUGCUGUGAUGUUUCAUGCCAAUGCUUUUGUAAUCGCAUAUAAACUUGAGGGUGGCGUAAACAACCA